AUGGCCUCCAUCAUCGACGGCAAUUCCAUUGCCAAAAACAUCCGAGAACGGCUGCACACCGAAAUCGCCGAUGUGCAACAGACCAACCCCCGAUUCCAGCCCUCUCUGGUCAUCAUCCAGGUCGGCGAUCGACCCGACUCGUCCACCUACGUGCGAAUGAAGCUCAAGGCCGCGGACGAGGCCGCCAUCAAGUGCGAGCUCAAGAAACUGGACGAGAACGUGUCCCAGCACGAGCUGCUGCGGGAGAUCACCCACCUGAACGAGGACCCCUCCGUGGACGGUGUUCUGGUCCAGCUCCCUCUGCCCAAGCACAUUGACGAGACCACCAUCACCAAUGCCGUCGCCGCCGACAAGGACGUUGAUGGCUUCGGUCCUCUCAACAUUGGCGAGCUCGCCAAGCGAGGUGGAAACCCUUCCUUCGUCGCUUGCACCCCCAAGGGAGUCAUGGAGCUGCUCAAGGUUGCCGGCAUCGAUGUUGCUGGCAAGACCGCUGUUGUUCUUGGCCGAUCCGACAUUGUCGGAGCCCCCGUUUCCUAUCUGCUGCGAAACGCUGACGCUACCGUCACUGUCGUGCACUCCAAAACUGCCAACAUCCCCGAGAUUGUCAAGACUGCCGACAUUGUUGUCGCCGCCAUUGGCCAGCCCGGCUUUGUCAAGGGUGAGUGGCUCAAGCCUGGCGCCGUUGUCAUCGACGUGGGAACCAACUACAUUCCCGAUGAUACCAAGAAGUCUGGCCAGCGACUUGUUGGAGAUGUUGACUUUGAGUCUGCCAAGAACGUAGCCUCCCACAUCACCCCCGUCCCCGGAGGAGUGGGUCCCAUGACCGUGGCCAUGCUGCUGGACAACGUUGUGCUCUCUGCCAAGCGACAGGCCGAGAAGUUGACCGCUCGAUCCAUCACCCCUCUGCCUCUUAAGAAGGAGAACCCUGUGCCCUCCGACUUUGCCAUUUCUCGAGCCCAAGAGCCCAAGCACAUCACCGAGGUGGCUGCCGAAAUUGGCGUGCUGCCCUCUGAGCUCGAGCCCUACGGAGCCUACAAGGCCAAGGUCCAGCUGCCCAUUCUUGACCGUCUGGCCCACCGAAAGAACGGAAAGUACGUUCUAGUCACCGGAAUCACUCCCACCCCUCUUGGAGAGGGCAAGUCCACCACCACCAUUGGUCUGGUGCAGGCUCUUGGUGCCCAUCUUGGUAAGAUGGCUUUUGCCAACGUCAGACAGCCCUCCAUGGGCCCUACCUUUGGUAUUAAGGGAGGAGCUGCUGGAGGAGGAUACGCCCAGGUUAUCCCCAUGGAUGAGUUCAACAUGCACCUGACCGGUGACAUUCACGCCAUUUCAGCUGCCAACAACCUGCUUGCCGCUGCCAUUGACACCCGAAUGUUUCAUGAGUCUACCCAGAAGGACGCUGCUCUUUACAAGCGUCUGGUGCCUGCCAAGAAGGGCGUUCGAACCUUCACUCGAGGCAUGCAGACCCGACUCAAGAAGCUUGGUAUCGACAAGACCAACCCCGACGAUCUGACUGAGGAGGAGAUUGCCAAGUUUGUGCGUCUCGACAUUGAUCCUGAGACCAUCACCUGGCGACGAGUGGUCGAUUGCAAUGAUCGACAUCUGCGAGGUAUCACUGUUGGACAGGCCCCUACCGAGAAGGGCCGAACCCGAGAGACCGGCUUUGACAUUUCCGUCGCCUCCGAGUGUAUGGCCAUUCUGGCUCUUGCCAACGAUCUCGAGGACAUGCGAGAGCGACUUGGAAACAUGGUCAUUGGUUCUUCCAAGAACGGCGACCCCGUCACUUGUGACGAUAUCGGUGCUGGUGGUGCUCUUACUGCUCUCAUGAAGGACGCCAUCAAGCCCAACCUCAUGCAGACUCUGGAGGGUACCCCCGUCUUUGUGCAUGCCGGUCCCUUCGCCAACAUUUCCAUUGGUGCUAACUCCGUGCUGGCCGACAAGAUGGCUCUCAAGCUGGCUGGUACCGAACCCAACGAGUCUGACGACAAGGCCGGCUUUGUGGUCACCGAGGCCGGUUUCGAUUUCACCAUGGGAGGUGAGCGAUUCUUCAACAUCAAGUGCCGAUCUUCCGGUCUGGCUCCUGACGUUGUUGUCAUUGUCGCUACCGUUCGAGCCCUGAAGUCUCAUGGAGGAGGUCCUGAGGUCAAGGCCGGUGCUCCUCUCCCCAAGGAGUACACCGAGGAGAACGUGGAGCUCCUGCGAGAGGGAUGCAAGAACCUCGGAAAGCACAUUGAGAACGCCCGACAGUACGGUCUGCCCGUGGUUGUUGCCAUCAACGAGUUUGUCUCCGAUACCGCUGCCGAGCACGAUGUCAUCCGAGAGGAGGCUCUUAAGUACGGUGCCGAGGACGCUGUUGUCGCCAAGCACUGGGCCGAAGGAGGCGCUGGAGCCGUGGAUCUUGCCCAGGCCGUCGUUGACGCCUCCAACAAGAUCGACAAGGAUUUCAAGCUGCUUUACGAGGCCGACACAACCGCUGAGGAGAAGCUCAACACCAUUGCCCAGAAGAUGUACGGCGCCAAGGACGUGGAGCUUUCCGAGCUGGCCCGAAAGAAGAUUGACGCCUACACCAAGCAGGGCUUCGGCAACCUGCCCAUCUGUGUGGCCAAGACCCAGUACUCUCUUUCCCACGACCCUACUCUCAAGGGAGUGCCCACUGGCUUCACUGUGCCCAUUCGAGAUGUUCGAGCCUCUGUUGGUGCUGGCUACCUCUACGCUCUGGCUGCCGAGAUCCAGACCAUUCCUGGUCUCCCCACUCAUUGUGGCUUCAUGAACGUUGAGGUCAACGACAAGGGCGAGAUCGAGGGUCUUUUCUAA